AUCGCUGCGCGACAGUCUUUCGCCGACGCCGCCGCUUAGACGCACUCUCAUUGCUGCCGACGCCACAGCGGUGGGGGAUUGUGCGUGCGCGUGUGCGACACAGCUAUAGCCUAUAGUAACAUUACGCUACUUCCAAGUUCCGAUACGCGCUACAACUGAUGAAAUAAAAAACAUUUUAUUAUCAUCAAUCAUACGGCCGUCGUCGGGUCUCAACGAAUUUUAUCAACGGACCGUCGUUUCUCGAUCAAGCGAAUCGCGUUUUCACAUCGUCGGAGAGUCGCUGAGUCUUGUGGACCCAAUUUUCUCGGCCGCCAGCUAAACUGGAGUAAGCUUACAUGAACAAGCUCAAAAAUGAGUGAGGCAUCGGCACAACAACAGCCUGCCACAGACGUACAACAAAUGCAACAAGCACAGCAGCAGCAACAGCAACAACAACAGCAACAACAACAGCAACAACAACAGCAACAACAACAGCAACAACAACAACAACAAAAUCAGCAGCAGCAGUCCCAACAAAACCAACAAGCACAACAAAUGCAACAGCCACAGCAAAUACAAGUUAUGAUUCAACAGCCUCAGGGACAGGUUGACAUGCAGCAACAACAGUCACAGCAACAACCUCAACAAGUUGCUGUCGCCUCAGGUCAGCAAACUAUAACUAUGCAGAUGUCGUCUGAUGGAUCUAAUGGAGGCACUGUGCAACUUCCUCAUUCAUCUGCUCCAAUGACAACUAUUGAGACAUCUGGUCAAAUGCAAAUUUCUUCUAUCCAACCACAGCAACAGCAACAGGGUCAAGUGCAAAUGACUAAUAUACAAGCUCAACAGUCAGGGCAAGUCCAACAACAACAUACUAUGCAGGCACAGACACCUACUCAACAGCAACAGCAGCAGACCCAAAUUCAACAGAUCAAUGACUGGAGUCAUGGACGUGUUCAGUUAAUUCAACAAGCUGGCCCUCAGUUUGUACAGUACAAUGCUCAAGGCCAAUUAAUCAUGCCUGGAACAAUGUUGCAACACCCUACUUCUGGUGCUAUACAAGUGAUUGCAGCUCCUAAUAAACAAUUCCAGUCACAACAGAUGCUCACCACAGCACAUGCACAUAAACAGGUAAUAUCACAAGGACAGGCAACGUCGUUUCCGACUGGAUAUGCUGCUAUACCAACCACUACUAACCAGACUCUUGUCAUCGGCCAGUUAGGGGUGAUAAGUAGUCAGCCAAAUAUGAAACAAAAUGAAAUGCAACAAACAUACACAAGCUGUGCCACUGGAAGAACUGUACAACAAAACGCUCAAACGAUGCAAUUUUCACCUUGGCAAUUUAAUGCAUCACUUCCUCAAGGACUCACUUGGGCUACACCACAACCUCAAGCACUAUUAACACAGAAUCAUCCAAUUUUCAUAAGAGGUGCACCACAGCAAGAUGGUCAACAACAACAAGUGCAAACUCCUAUGUUUAUACAAAGUCCUCCGCCUCAGCACCUUCAACAACACCAUGGCCAAACUAUGGUGCAAACAAGCGGUGGUGUUAUGCAAAAUAUUGGACAAAUGGUUAGUGGUACCACAACUACUACCAUUAAAUCACAACGAGCAGAUAUACAACCCAAAGUUAAUUCAACACCUAAUGGUAUGGGUAGUAACAGACAACUUUCUAUACUACCAUCAGGUCAUACUAUCCGCCCAAAUGCUACAAUUUCUACUCAAACCACUACGGGUAUACAGCAUUUAAACCAGAUGCAAAAAGCUCAACUUAAAGUUAGACCUAAGACUGGUGUCCGUCAAGGUUUUAGUAUCGCGCCUCAUAAAUCAGAUGCUGCUAAUCAAACAAAUCAAACCAAACCUCUUCAGUCACCUCAACAAACUAUGAACACCAACAAAAUGAUUUUGACAAGUUCUGGACAACUUGUGCCGCAAAUUCAACAACAACAACAACAGCAGCAAACUGUACAAGUACAGCAUUUACAACAGCAACAACAAGCUCAACAACAAAUUAAACUAGUAAGUAUGCAAUCCCCAAAUCAUCAAAUUGUAAGUAUGCAAUCACCUCAAGUUACAUAUCAGCAACAGCAAAUCAUCAAACCCACCUCAAACGUAAUGAGCAUGUCCAUGAAUUCUCCUCAAAAGAUACAUAUACAUCAGCUGCAGCAAGGCCAAGCUAUUGUUAGUAGCCAGCCUCAACAACAAAUCACUAUCCUUGAUCGCCCUGUUAUACCAGUUGUUUCAUGUGCCCCUCAGGCAUCAACACAAUCUCAGCUUCUAAUUUCACCCCAAAUUCACACAUCAGUUUCAUCGAUGCUUCCAGCAAUCAAACCAGAAGAAUCUCUUAAAACGUCCCCUGCUACCCAAAAUCUUGAAACAUCAGCUGUUGUGGUUUCAAUAGCAGAGAAUACUACUGAAACAACUGCAUCAGUUUCGUUACCAGUUAAUUCUAACGAAGACAACUCUAGAGAUAAAGGAUUGCCCAAAGCUUUAGUAAAACCACAAGUCUUGACCCAUGUUAUUGAAGGCUUUGUCAUACAAGAAGCUGAUCAACCAUUCCCAGUAAAUCGAUCCUGCACUAUAGCAGAUAUUUCCAAUAGUGCACAGGACAAGGAAAGCAUAAAAUUGGACGAAGAACCGCCAAAUAAAAAAAGUAAAACAGAUAAUAACAAUCAAGACAAAAUCAAAUGUGACUCUUGUGGAAAAUGUCAAGAAUUACAAAAAUUCAAAAUUAAAAAGAAAUCAAAACGCUUUUGUUCACAAGAAUGCUCAAAAAUAUUUGAAAAUAAUUCAAAAACUGGACAAACAGACAAAAAGAAUGGGAAAAAUUGGGAAUGUGAAAGCAAUGGUUCAGCUGGUGAUUCUAGCAAUACUGGCUCAUCACUUGAUUUGCCAAAUCGUAUGCAAAUUGAUGUUGACACUAAGGCAGAUGUGGCUCCCGAAUUGUGUCCUAUUAAUCCAUUGACAUGGACUGUAAAAGAUGUACGGAAAUUUAUUGGUCAACUUACGGAUAGUGAAGAAAUAGCGGCAGAUUUUGAAAGUCAUGAAAUUGAUGGUCAAGCUUUGAUGUUGCUCAAAGAAGAUCAUUUAAUAAGGGACAUGUCUAUGAAACUUGGACCAGCCUUAAAAAUAUUUGCUAAAUUGGAUGCCAUGCGUACUGAAAAUCCAGAACUUCAACCCCCAGCAACUUCUCAAUAAAAGACUGCAUGCACUCAUCAUACUCAAUUAUACUUUAUACAGUAUAUAUUUUUAUAUGGUUGAUUUUAACAUUUCCAAAUGUUAAAAUCUGUUUGAUAUGUAUGUACAAACUAAUGGCACUAAGACUUAUUAUAACCAUGUCAUUAGGGUACUCAAUUUUAUUUGUGGUUUCAC